UUGAGAAUUCCUAAGGAAAACGGGGAGUCCGGGCGUUGACACCGCGUGGUAUAGGAGCGACGACGUGACCGACAGCAAGUUCAGCGGCAAUGAGACCGAAAAACGAGAGCCGUCGCCAAACGAAGGCAACCAGGGGGUCUUUGGUUAUCGCAAUAAGCGCAUGCCCGCCGAGGCAAUGCCAAACACCGCGCUCCCCGAGUCGCAGCCGGUUCCGAAAGAACCAUAUCAGGCCUCCGCCUCCGCCGCGUCUUCGUCGCCCGCCCCGUUUAUGAAGCCCAAGUUCUCACGCGCCCCCAUCAAGGAGCCCGGUCGGGUGGCAUACAUGGGCGAAUCGACCAACCUGUCGCUGCUGGUCCAGGACCGACACGGCUCCGACGACGUCGUGCACUAUCCGCUGCCGGUGAACAUCAGAGGGUCGCGCGCCCGGCUAACGGACCUGGAUAACCUCGAGAUUGAAAUCCUGCACCAGCGGGGUGCCUUCCUCUUGCCGCCGAAACCCUUGUGUGAUGAACUGGUCGACGCCUACUUCCAAUGGGUCGCGCCCGUCGUGCCCAUCAUCAACCGCAGCCGCUUCAUGCGUCAGUACCGCGACCCCAAGAAUCCCCCCUCGCUGCUCCUGCUGCAGGCCAUCCUGCUUGCCGGGUCCAGGGUUUGCACCAAUCCGCAACUCAUGGAUGCAAAUGGCUCCAUGACGCCCGCGGCCAUGACCUUCUACAAGCGCGCGAAAGCGCUGUACGACGCUAACUACGAAGAUGACCGUGUCACCAUCGUUCAGGCUCUUGUUCUCCUUGGCUGGUACUGGGAGGGGCCAGAAGACGUCACAAAAAACGUUUUCUACUGGACCCGGGUGGCUAUUAUCGUUGCCCAAGGGUCUGGAAUGCACCGAAGCGUGGAAACAUCUCAGCUGAGCAAACCGGACAAGAAACUGUGGAAGCGCAUCUGGUGGACCCUCUUCACGCGAGACCGCUCGGUGGCCGUCGCUCUGGGACGACCGAUCGGGAUCAACACGGACGAUUCGGACGUGGGGAUGCUGACCGAAGACGACUUCAUCGAGGACGAGGUCGACACAGUCGCCGAGUACGCCCCGGAUCCUGUCCACGUCCAGUUCUUCCUCCAGUACGUCAAGCUCUGCGAGAUCAUGGGGCUGGUCCUCUCGCAGCAGUACUCGGUCGCGUCCAAGGCCCGUCGUACCAACGCCAUGGACCUAACGCACUCGGACAUGGCGCUUGCCGACUGGUUGCAGAACUGUCCCAAGGAAGUCUGCUGGCAACGCUCGCGCCAUCACUUCUGGGCGGCGCUGCUACAUGCGAACUACUAUACUACGCUCUGUCUCUUACAUCGCGCUCAUAUGCCCCCGGCAUCAUCGGUGGCGAGUACCUACCGCGUCGAAGAGAUGGCUUAUCCGUCGCGAACUAUUGCCUUCCAGGCAGCGGGCAUGAUCACCUCGAUUAUGGAGAAUUUGUCGGCCCAUCAUGAGAUCCGAUAUACGCCUGCUUUCAUUGUCUAUAGCUUGUUUUCCGCUCUGAUUAUGCACGUCUAUCAGAUGCGAUCCUCGGUCCCCUCUGUGGUGGCCACGUGCCAGGAAAGGAUCAACAUCUGCAUGCAGUCACUCAAGGAUGUGUCCAAGGUGUGGCUGAUGGCCAAGAUGGUGCACACGCUGUUCGAAUCGAUUCUCGGCAACAAGGCGCUGGAGGAACGACUCCAGAAAGCUGCGGGCCGACGGCACCAGAAGACUCGUCCAGACAGCUUUGGAGGAAAUGGGUUCAAUAAUGCCAACACCACCACCACCACCAACAACAACAACGGCCAUUAUAACUAUUCUGGCCAUCGCAGUGCAACGCCUGUGCCUUCGCGACGGACGGACCCCCCGAAACGCAAGUUCGAUGACAUGGACCUGGGCUUGCCCACGGGCGGUCCGACCCCGUCUGUCUCAUACGAACGCUCGCGACCCCAGACGCCCGCCGUGACUCCCUCGCGCGAUCUAGGCCAGGCACCAAUGUCUCCCAACGCCCCCCGUGCACAAACUGACGCUCUGCCGGGGACGGCGGCAGCAGUAGCGGCGGGGCCAGGCGGAACGGGGAACUCUCGCUCCAACACGCGACCGACAACACCAUUCAACGGCCAGUACUCACUACCGGCCACGCCACCGGAUCUAUUCCUUGUCACUCGAACUUCGCCAAACCUGUCACCGUCGUUGUGGGAGAACUUCCAGCCCGAGCAGCUCUUCCCGGACGGGACCUCCAUCUUCCCGGAGCUGGCAUCGCCUCAAACAAGUACGGUAGACCCGCAGCUGCACAUGUCGACGCAUAUGCCCGCCCAAAAUAUCCCGUCACGGCCGGUUAUGUACGGCCAGCAACAGCAGCAGCCUCCUCCACCACCACCCCUACAACAAUCUGCGACAGCCCACCAGAUGACGCUUGGGCAGGGCAGUCCCGAGUUUCUCUCCACCAUUCCACCGGAGAUGGGAUUGCAGCCGCCACCACCGCACCCUGCAGCAGCAGCUGUGCAGCCAGUAUUCGGGCUGGAAAGCCAACCCUGGGCGAUGCAGGGCUUGGAUGCGCCGCUGAGCGGUGCGCCGUUGGACGCAGCCAGCCAGGACGACACAUGGAGCAGUUCUUCACGCAGUGGGCCGACGGCACCUACGACCUUGAACAUGGAAGAUUGGUUCCAAUUUUUUGGCAUCAACGGUGGAUUUCCGGAUCUAUCCGCUUCACACUGACAGGUAUUGCCUACAGCAGGGUAUUGGAUCCACCACUGGGUACAAAUGUAUAUAUGAGAAUACCCAGGUAUAUACUAUAUAUAUAUCAUUAUGCC